CGUAGAUCCAUCCAUCCAUCCCACCGCCUGCCUGGCCUGCAUUUAUCAGCCCGCCUCUCUGAUUGAGGACCGAGGGGCAACACCGAGAAUAACUACUCGCCCGACAGCCACCUCUUCGCUCACUGCUGCUGCCACACAGGUCUGCAAAGAUGGAUCCUAACGAGCAGCCCCCGAGCAUGCCUGAAGCUCCCGACAAGGAGAAGAUGGAACAGAUCCGCCGACGGCGUCUGGAGAAGCUUGGGUCCACCAACGCCCCUCCAGCGAGCAAUGAAGACGGCAGCCAAGCAUCGCAGUCCGCUGCAUCUUCCAACCCACCUGCACCGAGCUCGUCCGCCGAAGCCACAGAGGAGCCGGGUGUCAAGCGGACCAAGAUCAACAUCACAGCCGCAUCGGGGAGCCAAUCACCAGCAGCAGCAAACCCCUUCACGCAGCUCGGUGUCGGGUCAAAAGGGGCAUCGUCGCCCUCUCCAGCAUCCUCCAUGCCACCCGCCAAGCGAAAUGCCCCCGAGUCUAUUGAAGACUGGUCCGACAAGAUCAUCGGCCAGAUUUUCCGAGUAACACUCGACGAGAGCCGGCAGACAGACUUACACGGCCGUAGGCUGACAUUCUUGCCCGGCUUGACUUCCGAACUGCAGGAGCAGAACCCCAACGGGCCGCUGCGGCUGUUAUCAGAGAACGUCGAGCAAGCAAUCUUGGAGGCUGCGAGCAGUUACCCACAAGAGAAGCCGCUGAUGGACUACAUGCUGGCGUGCUGGAAGCGGGUAGUUCAGACCAAGAAGAGCCUGCGUUCGCCGACGGCCGAGAAAGAGGCCGUCAUACAAGAGGUCAAACGACUGUGCAUGAGUUAUGCCAUCUUUGCCGUUACCCUCCCAGAUUUGUUCAGCCGCGAGUCGAACCCCAAACAUGACACACUCGUGCCAUAUCUUCUACGGGAUAUCGAGCAUGAGAGCGGGAUCUGCCUCGAGUUCAUACAAGAGGCUGUAGCUCGCAUCCCGGACGAUGACUCAAUAGUGGAUCUGUUUGUCAAGGCGAUGGUUGAUAUAAGCACCCAGUUGUCAACCAUGUCUAUGAAUGACGACUACAGGCCACACGUGAAUGCCCUCAAACUGUACUCGAAGUUCCCUCCGUUGCUGGACGCCUUGGCCAACCAUCCUACGUUCCUUAUGGCGCAGUCUGCUCCCGGGAUCGAGAAGCACACGAUGCUUGGCCCAUUCUUCCGGAUAUCACCUCUCCAGACUGAGGUUACGAAGGCAUACUUUGCUGGCCCUCGAACGCUCGAUCGGGGCGCAAUUAAGAACUCGCAGAGCGCCCUCCAAGUCACUCUCAAUGCACACCAAUUUGACCUUAAGGACAUUGUCAAUGCCUUCGUCCGCGCCAGUCUGGGAACGCGGCACAAGCUCCUGGACUGGUUCGCCUACAUCAUGAACACUAACCACAAGAGACGAGCCAUCCAAGUCAACCCCAAGGAGGUCGCCUCGGACGGGUUCAUGAUGAACGUAACUGUGAUCCUGGACCACCUGUGCGAGCCGUUCAUGGACACUACCUUUUCAAAGGUUGACAGGAUCGACGUCGGCUACUUCAAGCGGAGUCCACGUAUCGACAUCAAAGAGGAAACAAAGCUUAAUGCCGACCAGUCCCAGUCGGACGAAUUCUACUCCGAGAAACUUGGUGGUGAAUCGAACUUUAUUUCUGAGGUGUUCUUUUUGACCUUGGCCGCGCACCACUACGGCAGCGAGGCUGCGAACACAAAGCUGAAGACCCUUGACAAGGACAUUAAAUAUUACGAGAAGAAUCUCAAGCUCAUGGAGGCCGAGCGCGUCAAGUUCGUGAACUCGCCCACACAAUUGGCCCUCUUCGAGACCAGCUUGCGCCGCCACACGGAGCUUCUGGAGAAGUCCAUGUCUCUCAAGUUUGCUAUCGAAGGGGUUUUGCUCGAUGAGAAGAUGCAGGGUAGGUCCCUUCACUUCAUGAGGUACGUGGCGGUGUGGCUGCUCCGAGUCGCAAGCCAAUCAGAUUACAAACCAGACGGGCAACUGAAGCUGCCUCUGCCGAAACAACAGCCAGAGGCCUUCCAGUGCUUGCCAGAGUAUGCCCUCCAAGACGUUGUUGACAACUUCAAAUUUGUGUUCCGGUACCUUCCAGGAAUCAUCUUGUCUGCUGUCGGUGAUGAGAUGAUUGCUCUGUGCGUGGCAUUCCUCGAGUCAUCCGAAUAUGUCCGGAAUCCCUACCUCAAGUCCACACUGGUCACACUCCUCUAUUCAGGAACUUGGCCGAUGUAUCAUUCUAAGAAGGGCGUACUUGGCGAUACUCUGACGAACUCCAAGUUUGCCAACAAUUUCCUACUACACGCAGUAAUGAAGUUCUACAUCGAGGCCGAGUCAACUGGAGCUCAUACCCAGUUCUACGACAAGUUCAACAUUCGAUACGAGAUUUUCCAGAUCAUUAAGUGCAUCUGGACCAACGACUUCUACCGUGACCAAUUAGCACGACAGAGCCGCACGGAUCGUCAAUUUUUCGUCCGAUUUGUCAACCUCCUCCUAAACGACGCAACAUAUGUGAUGGACGAGGCGUUGUCGAAGUUCCCGAAAAUCCACGAAUUGCAGAAGGAGCUGAGGGAGAACCAAGGCUUGUCGCAAGAGGACCGUCAGAAGAAAGAGGAAGAGCUGCACAGUGUUGAGGGCCAAGCAACAUCGUACAUGCAGCUCGCGAACGAGACGAUCGCGAUGAUGAAACUCUUCACUAAUGCCUUGAGCGAGUCAUUCACCAUGCCCGAGAUUGUGGCACGUCUCGCAGGCAUGCUUGACUACAACCUGGACACGCUGGUGAGCCCCAAGAGCCAGAAUCUGAAGGUCGAAAAUCCGGACAAGUACCAUUUCAAUGCCAAGACGCUUCUCCCUGAUCUCGUGGACAUCUUCCUGAACCUGGGGAGUGCUCAGACCUUCGUGGAGGCAGUGGCAGCGGAUGGCCGGUCAUACAAAGCGGCGACUUUCGACAGGGCGUCUGACAUCAUGGCCAAGAAGGCACUCAAGGCUCCUGAAGAGCUGGCCGCCUGGAGCGACCUGACUGCCCGAAUUGCCAAGGCGAAGGAGGAGUUGGAUCAGGCCGACCUGGACCUGGGUGAAAUCCCGUCCGAGUUCGAAGAUCCGCUGAUUGGCGACCUGAUGAAGGACCCAGUCAUUCUACCAUCGCAGAACGUUGUCGACAGGUCUACAAUUAUCCAACAUCUUCUCUCAGACGAGAAGGACCCUUUCACUCGGCAGCCAAUGACGAUUGAUGAUGUUGUUCCUGCGGAUGACCUGCGCCGGCAGAUCGAGGCAUGGAAGGCGGAGAAGCUGGCUGCUGCGAAGGCUAAGUCUGGCGACCAGAUGGACACAAGCGAGGGCUGAUCCCGGAUUAAUACACUACGGGGCAAUGCAUCGCUAGCUAGGGCUCUUCUUUUCUCUCGAGACAGCGUUCACGCGUAUGCAAAGUAGGAUGGACGGAAGUAACGGGGCAGUAAAACAUGCUGAGCUUUUCUUGGUUGCAUAGAUGUUGCUGGAGUUGGGGCAAGACGAGAUGGCGGGACCGCACGACAGCUUCGAGCAAUGAUGGUGGGGGGAAUGCGCGGGGCCAAAGCGCGUCGCCUAUGUUGAGGCUAAGCUGGGCCCAGGACUGGACCCUGAUUGGGUUUUAGGUAGAGCUUGCAGAGCCGAUUAUGAAGAAUGAAACAUCACGAAUGAGGACUAUUCGACAAUUGGAAUCUUGAUGUCAUGAUUGGCGUGGUCCAGGCAAAUCGAAUGAUCACCGCCAAAGGUUAAUAUAAGGUUCGUGCCGGUGGUGGAUGCGCG